AUGGCUGAUUCUACCGCUACCGCUGCCGCUGCUGCCCCGGCGGCCAAACCUCAGAAGCCAGAUGAGGCCCUUUACAAGGAACAGCUGGCCAAGGCCGAGAAGGAGCACAGCGAGGUCAUGACCAAAUACAAAGCCAUCAAGGAGAAGAUUGAGCUCGCCCAGCCGAACAAGAACUCCGACACCCCGAACCCGACCCAGAAGCGCCGUCAGGAAUUGAUCGCCCAGGCCAACGAGAUCCGUCAGAAGCAGGCCGGCGGCAAGAAUACCCGCAACACCAAGCUGGAUCAGAUCAAGCGCAUCGACGAGCAGCUGCGUAGCCGUAUCAACGAGCAGAAGAAUGCCAAGAGCAAGGUCCCCUUCAAGAGCGUCGAGGAUGUCGACCGAGAGAUCAACCGUCUCGAGAGCCAAGUCAACGGCGGUAUGAUGAAGCUGGUUGACGAGAAGAAGGCUCUUGCCGAGAUUAGCUCCCUCCGCAAGCAGCGCAAGAACUUCUCCCAAUUCGAUGACCAACAGAAAUCUAUCGACGACCUGCGUGCCAAGAUCAAGGAGAUCAAGGACAGCAUGGACGACCCGGAGGCCAAGGCGCUCAGCGACCAGUACACCAAGAUCCAGACUGAGCUCGAUGCCAUCAAGGCCGAGCAGGACGGUGCUUACAAGAACCUCUCUGGCCUGCGAGACGAGCGGACCAAGCUCCAGGCCCAGCAGCGCGAGAAGUACGAUGCCAUCAAGAAGCUGAAGGACGAGUACUACGGCGCCAAGAAGGCCUUUGCUGCAUAUGAGCGCGAGGCCAAGCAGAAAGCCUGGGAGCGCAAUAAGGCUGAGCGGGACCGCAUUGUGAAGGAGCAGAAGAAGGAGCGUGCGCAGAAGAUGCUCGCUGAGGCCAGCGACCCGGCGUACCUGGAAGAGAUCCGCCGCGCUAACAGCUUGCUGCACUUCUUCGACCCCUCUCACGUCUCUGCUGAGAAGGCCCCCCUUCUGGCUGACAGCGGCCUCGGCGCCCAGGCUCAGCGAAAGGUUGACGACUCUGGCAUGAAGGGAACCCGGCUGGUGCGCAAGGAGGACCGUGAUGAGGACUAUGCUCCCGCCGUGAAGAAGGGAAAGAAGGGCAAGAAGGGCGGUGCCGCCGAGUCCGCCAAGUUCAACCUGCCGCCUUCCGUCGUGGAGGACUGCUCUUUCAUGAACAUCGACCCUCCGAUGAGCGCUUCUGAUGUCCCGGCUGCUGUCGAGAAGAUCAAGGCUAAGCUCGACCAUUGGAAGUCUGACCAAGCCGCUCAGACUCAACGGAACGUCGAGAAAGCCAAGAAGGAGAUUGAGAAGCUUGAGGCUGACGAGGCCGCCGAAUCCGGUACCGCCACACCCAACGGCGUCAACGGAAAGAAGGGCGAGGACAAGGCCGUCGCCGAUGUGACCGCCGACCUGAAGGACUCCUCACUCGAGGAUAAGAAGGAGGAAGUGGCCGCAUAA